AUGGGUUCCUUUCUUGUUCGAGGAUGGAUUUUGGCCGCAUUAUUUGUGCAAACCAGUCUCGCCACGACCAUGCUUGCUGAGCCAACUAUGACUUCCACUCCUAUUGCUGUGGCGACACACCAUAGCCAGCAUCAGCAUCAGCAUCAUCGCCAUCAGCAUCACCAUUGGUCUUAUAUCCCUAGGCCUAUGCCUAGUCGCAAACCUUGUCCUGUUCGUUCUUCAUCGGCAGUUCUCGCUUCCAGCGCAAUCGCUACUUCAACUCCUUAUCUGAGUCGAGUCCCUAGUCACUCUCCUCGCCCGCAUACCCCCACACCUUUGUCAUCGUCUGUGGUUAUUCAGACUCCUUCAGCCCCUGUUUCUACCCCUGUUACCAACCCAUCUAUUGUUGUGUCUGCACCGGGCUCUCUUUCAACUGGACCUUCGCAAUCGAGUGGUUCCUCUCCCCAAGGACCGACCACUGGACUCGGAUCAUCUUCUUCACAGGUCAGCAUCUCGACGUCUGCCUCUGAUAGUAGCACUACAGUUGUCGCUUAUAUCCCUACAUCCACCCCAUCCGGAGCACUUCAGUCCAGUGUGGCCUCUGGGUCCUCUACAUUGGAGUUGACCACAUCGACUGUCUUUUCUACUCGCACGGCUACCGUCACUGCGUGUCCUACCACAGUCCCUAACUGCCCAGCCAGUUCCAAGACAACAUUCGUGACUACAGAGACAAUUCUGGUAUCCACCACAAUCUGCCCUGUCACUGAGACUGCCAGCACUACUAAUACAGCACCUGCAUCUCCAUCCGCCACUGGAGGUUCUGGUGAUCAUGGCCAUGGAAACGGUGACUCAGACCUCACAACUUCCACUGUCUAUAGCACUCGGACAGCCACCAUCACUGCAUGCCCAUCUUCAGUGACCAAUUGUCCCCUGAGAUCAAAGACCACAUACUUGACCACUGAAACCCUGGUUGUCUCCACGACAGUUUGUCCCGUGGCAGAUGCCACUGCUACCAACGGCGCUGUACCUACUAAGCAUACUACAUCUCCUUCUGCCACCGAAGCAAUUGGAGGUAGUGACAAUAGCGCUUCCAAGCUGACCACAUCUACUAUCUUCGCUACCCGCACGGCCACCGUCUUUGCCUGCCCUGAAUCUGUGACCGACUGCCCGCUGAGAUCAAAGACGUCUUACGCAACCACCGAAACAUUCGCUGUCGCAACCACUGUCUACCCAGUCUACACAUAUAUCCCAGCCGAAGGAGCCAUUGUCCCUGUGACUGUUGCGAACCCUCAAGCUACCGAUGUUACUCCCGGAUCCCAAUCUGGCUCUGGGAGCACAGAAUCAGGCUCAGAUGCAGGCACAGUCCACACCACGACCAUAGUCGUUGAAUCUUGCUCCGACGAUGAUACCUGUACCGGGUACAUCAACACUAUUGUGGUGACCCAGACCAACGCCGCUAAGCCCACCGUGGCUCCAUCUUUGUAUACACCACACCAGGGCUCUGGAGCUGGGGCUAGUGGUGCUGUCUCUUCGUCCUCGACUCAUUCACGGUUCCACAGCAGCCACCCUAGUGGGUUGGCCACGGCUACUGUUUCGACUGCGACAAGUGCAGUGAGUCUGAUGUACACCGGGGCUGCAUCUGUAGGUACCCAAUCGUCGAUGAUGCAGGUUGUGGGUACUAUGAUGGUGAUUCUUUUGGCGAUCUAUAUAUAG